AUGUCAAGUCGUGAUCUUCGAGAGCAACUGGAAGUCUGCCAGAACCUUCCCAUUGUUGCUCAUGAUCUAGCAAAGCAGAAAAGUAUGGUCACAUUUACAUACAAAGAAUUCUGCUCAAACAGCGCAUCUGCUGUCGGUGGAUCCUUUUCAGAUUCUGGCGUUCGUCAAUACUUUGCUAAGGUGGCCAAGGGUCGUGGGGCCCAGAAGCUAUCGGACGAGAUUCGAAUUUACGAAACCUUGCCGGAUGAUAUCCAAGAUCAUUAUCCGCAGCUUCUCUUCGCAUCAAGGAAGCAAGGCAUCAUAACUAUGGGAACGGAAUUGAAAGAUAUUCCCAACCUCCGAGACCUCUUGUUGAACAAUCAUCUCUCCGUGGACGCUGCCACCCGGAUAUUAUCCACAAUUCUGGACUUUGAAUACAACAAAGCAUUUCUAAAGCAUAAACAGCCUACUCCCCCACGAUACAUUCAUGAUUAUCAUUUUCAUCGUGCCUGGCGUCGCUUAACAAUUUCCACCGAGAUGGAACCGGUUUUCAGUACACUCAUUACUACCCCAUGGUUAGAAAUCAACGGGCGACGGAUCUCAAAUGUCCCAGGGAUGCUCCACAGGCUAGAACGAGAUGACGAGGUGGUCCGGCGCCUGGACCCAGGAGGUGUCUCACCCUUCAUCCAUGGGGACUUUCAUCCCGGAAAUAUGUUAUGCGACAUAAAUCACGAUGAUUUCUGGCUCAUUGAUCCCCGUGGAUAUCCAGUUUGUGACAUAUACUAUGACUUGGGAAAGUUGGCCCAAAGUACUCGGAGCUGUUAUGAUCUUCUACAUGAAGGUCGACACGAAGUAACAUUCACCACAAUUGGGGAUUGCACGGUCAUGAAUUACCAAUUUACAUCAUCAUGGGCAAGGAAGCUAUGGGCAGACCUGGAUACUCGCCUACAGCCUAUCAUCCAGAACUUGUUAAACUCGACUUCAGACGAAGAUGUGGAUUUGCGCAUUCGAUUCAAUGAAGCAAUUCAUCUAUGUUCCCUCAUGCCGUUCUAUAUCCAUGCAGACGCACAGCCAUCCGUUGCAAUUCCCUUGUUUGCAGCUGGUGCAUUGCGUUUGGCAGAGGUGAUGGAUCUUUUGGGAAUCGGGGCCGAGGAAUGUGUCUCAAACCAUGCUGCUGGGCUUGAACGCCUAAAUGAGCUAGGACACACAGAGUGGCAGUUUGAGGGAUAG